UUGUCUCUGAUAAGCCCACUGCUUUCACCAUAUUUUGUCCAUCGAAAGAAUUAUUAUCUAUUGCUAAACAUGAUUGUCGACAAAGGAGACCGUUACUAUAAAAGGCGACUCACCAUUUGGUAUUAAUGGGACAACCCUCUUCAUUAGCUUUCAGCCGUUGUAGUGCGUUCUAGUAGCUUUCCUUUUUUCCCUGCACUGUUCUAGUAGCUAACAUAUUCUCCCUCUCUUUUUAAUGGCUCAUUGCACCUCCUUAGUCAACCUGAUAUUUCCCUAGUCCAGUCUGCAAAUAAAUGCACCGGUUUUGUUGUGUUUUUAGGGAACUAGUGCUUGGAGAGUCCUGUUAGAUCUCUCAGAACAUCUUCAUCAGCUUCGAUAGGAAGCUAGAAUUCUCUAUGUCAGCUAUGGAAAUGAGAAUUGAUUGUUUGGAACUGAUAAAUAAGUUGUUGUUAUCAUAGACUGCUUUUAGAGACCUUCUAUCUUCCUUCUGGUACCUGCAUUGGAGACUUGGGUUUGGCCGUUCAACCAAAGAUUGUUCUUUGACAACCCAAGUGGCAGGGUCUAGUGGUAAUGUGGGAAUGAUAGAAGGUCAUUUGACAAUGACUAGCCUGAAUAACGGUUUAGUCAUCUAUCUAUGGGCAUAUAAUGCUCAUAGUACUAGGUUCCGUUUCUUAUUAGAGUUUAAACUCGUUACAAGUUUUCAAGUGUGAGCCAGCUUAAGUUUCAGUUGCAAUUUAGCGAAACUCGACUGCUGAUAACAUUUCCAAAUGUGGUGCGAUGAGUCCAGGCUUCUGAUUGGAAGGAAGUUUAGUUGGGAACUUGAAACUAAGAUCUGGGCUAUUCAUAAAAGGAUCCUGCUUUAGUUCAAAGAUGUAAAGCUCAAGCCUGAUGAAACUUUACAAUGUGUGUUGUGCUUACAAUUUACAGUCACGCUCUUGAAACUCUGCUUUAUCCAGGCUUCUAAAGUAAGAGCAGCAUGUUUUGAUUGGUCCAUGGUUUUAGAGUAUUGACCAUGUUACCUGCUCUCAUUGUAAUGUUGCUACUAUGCUGAAAUGGUGCAUUCCUGUGCUGUUACUUAAUGUAAUUCCUAUGCUAUACCUGUAGAUGUCGAUUCUCAGUUCAACUUUUCUUUUGCAGGUGGGAAACGGUCCGCCUUACUGUAUGACUGCUGUUUCUUGUACCAGAACCUGCGUUUUUCUGGUCUUCGAUCAUUUUGCUUUAAAUGCUGCAACUUCCCUUGCAUCCAUUCGGAUAUAUUAUAGUUAAGUGGUUCUGGAUUAUCUUAACCAAAGUCUGGAGGUUUUUGCUCCCUGUAAUUUUAGUUUGGCUUCAAACCGGUUAAAAAGUUUUGAUGUUUGUGGAGCAAUUCAGAUGCCGAGACGGAACUGUGGAAAACUGACAUUUGUGACUGCCUUCUGCAAGUGUUGGAUGAUGUCAGAAGAACUGACGAUGAAACUGCACUAGCCAGACGCUUGUCACAAAGUUCAUGUAUACUUGUAGCGCAGCAAUGUAUGAACACAUUUUGUACCAGAAGCCUUGUAUAUAUGUAGUGGUACUUCUUUUGGAGUUGGAGAAGAAAGCUUUAUAUAACAUCAUGCGUAUACAAAAGGCAAAAACAUCCUUGUUGGCCGUUUUCUGGUCCUGAAAACUUCAUUAUUGUGUUAUCAAUGAUAUUAAUCGUUCAUUUUAUUUAGGGAUAAGAAAAGUUUGAAAUUUAUUAAAAUUAUUAUCCAUGGCAUUCCAAGGGUCUUAUACUUUCACUUCAAGCACUAGAUUGGCAAAAAACCAUACAUAUAGUUGGUUUCAUGAUAGAUUUGAUACUAUUGCGAUGCUCUUUGAGAUCCAUAUAAAUUACAACUACAACUAGGUGGCGAUGCCGCGCCUUGUCGCGUGCGGAGAUGACCUAUGGGUAUGUAUUAUGUGGCCCGUUAUGGUGUUUUGUUAGUAUUAUUAGCCUAAAAUCAAUUUUUUGUUAGCAAUUUUGUUAGUAAAUUGACUGAGAAGAGAUAUAUGACGGUCAACAUCCAUUUUAAUUUUUGUUGGAAAAUUUUGGCUAGUAAAUGAUAUUUACCUAAACCCAAGUAGACCUAUUGAUCAUGGGUAGAGUAUGGCUGACAUAGAUAUGGGGUUGAAAGUUUGUAGAUGGGUUUGGGUAGGAUAUGAAUAUUUAUUUCCAUAAUCUAAAUAUGUAUGAGUUGACUAUGGAUACCCAUCUAUUCGAGUGUAUUUUAAUUACACGUACAGAAAUUAGACCUAUUUGUAGAAAUUCAAAAGUUUAGGUACCAAAAUGUAAUAGACAAAAAAUUUAGUUGCUCAAUUUUGGGGUUGGGAUUAUCACCCCCAAACAUUCAAUGUAUAAUUGUUGAAAAUUCUAGUCCGGGUGAAAAAGAAAAACUUUAGAGAGAAGCAAAAGGAAUACAAACCGAAACUCGCUUAAAAUUUCAUGCCUUCAAAUCUCAUAGUGGAAAAUGACGAAUUUCUAAUAAGUAAUAACCAUAUAUAUUUAUUUUUAAUUAGACUCAACGUUGAGUUGGAAAAAAGUUAGUGGUUCAUGGUUCAAUUAUUAGUUCUCUAGACUGUUGGUGAGUCGUGUAUGGACCCGUUCAUACUUGUGAUUGGAAUAUAUAAAAAUAGUAUCCUAAUUAGGGUUAGACGAAGAAGGCAAAGAAAGAAAUAAAGAAAGGGUUAUGGAAGAGACAUGAUACUGACUUGGAAGAGACACAUGGAGGUCAACAGUCCUAAACUUUAGUAUUUUAACUUAAAAAAUUACAAACUUAAUAACGGUAAUGUAAAAUGACUAAUAUAUGGAUUCAUUACAAAAAAUUUGACUAAUUAUUAGUAAUUCAAUAAGUUUGUCUAAUAAAAAAUAAUGUGAAAUUUGUUUGACUAAUAGUUAGUGUUAACUCUUAACUAAAUCAAAUUAAGUUUUGGUAGAAAAGUAAUUGUAGUAUUUUUUUUAUUUCAUUCCUUUUUAUAUUUUCAUCCUUUUCCCAUUAUCUUCACAACAGAGGCGAGAGAUUCCCUUUUUGUAUUUUUUGAGAGAGGGGGAGCGGGACGGAAGGAAGAGAGAUGAAGGAGCGAGAUCAUAUAAGUAGGGGUGGCAGUUCGGUUACCGGUUAUUGGUUAACCAACUGGUUAAACUGAUAACCGGCCGGUUAUUCACUAACCGGCCGGUUAUUCACUAACCGGCCGGUUAUUCACUAACCGGCCGGUUAUUCACUAACCGGUAAUCAAAGUAACCGAACUUUGGUUGGUUAUCGCAAGCUGGUCAAAAUGUUUUUUGGUCUUAAAAGUGGUUCGGUUAACCGAUAACCGAGGUAACCGAGAAAUCGAAGCCUAUUUCGGUCGGUUUUCGGUAAGGAGGGUGUUUAUUUCGGUCAACCGAUAACCGGUCAAUCGGUUAUCGGUUAUAAGCGAAAUAACCCAACUGCCACCCCUACAUAUAAGACAUAAGACUAAGAACGACUAUGGGUUUGGGUCGAGUCGGUUUUUUUAUGUAUAAUUUUGAAUUACCAUUUUAAAAUCGUGAUCAUCACAUAGCCAAAAUUAUGCGGAUGUAAUAUAACUAGGAUUGUUAAUGAAUCAAUCCGCUCAUCAACGGUUCGGUGUCCGACUCAAGAAAAAUUUGUUCAUGACACUCGAUUCGUUUUAAUCGAGCCGGCUCGCAAACAAACUCGUUAACUAAACGAGCCGAACUCGAGCCAUUCCAUGUUCAGCUCCAAAGCUUGCGAACAAGUUCAUUUAACGGUUUGGCAUAAGAAAUUAUUAGAAUUCAUGAAUUUUAUGUAUUGAAAUUGGAAUAAAUAUUGUGUUUUAUUUUGCUAGACUUUGCUACAGGUUGAAUGUAAUUUUGUGCCCCGUUUUAGGUCAAUCUUGAGCUAUUAUGAACAUUUUAUGAGCAUAACUCGAUUUUGGACUCGUUAAGCUUAUUUGACGAGCCGAGCUCGAGCUUUCAUUUGCAUAAAUGAGCCGAACUCGAGCUUGCAUAUUAAAACUCGUGACGAACAUGAACCGAGCUCGAACCUGGAAAUAUAUUAGCGAGCCGAGCCCGAACUAUGAUAAAAUUCGGCUCUGAUCGAAUCAUUAACAGCCCUUAAUAUGACAUAUCAAUAGUGGCGGAUCCAUGAAUUUUUUAUAGGGGUGUCUUCAAAAAAUUAAAUUAAAUCAAUAAUUAAAUUAAAUAAUUCAUAAAUCAGAAAAUGACUAGUACAAAUUUUAACAAAAGGCCAUAAUGCGUUUUUAUAUUCUGAAAAAGAAUAUAAAAUACAUUUGGUGUCUACAUUGGUCAACAAACAUGGAUAUCCUACUAGACAAUAAUUCAUGAAUUGAUCGCAUAUUUGAUAUCUAACUUUGCUCUUGAUAUAACUCAAAGUUGAAAAGACUUUCAGCACUUGCAGUGUAACCAUAAAUCAAUUCAAAUCAAGGGUAGCCCAUAAUUAAUUUAAUUGUUAGGUUUUGAAAAUAGUUGGGGAUAAGGAAUAACAUUUUUACUAUUACAUAGUGUUUAACAUAUAACAACAAAUGAGUUGCAACCUAAUGGAGAAUAUGUUUAAUAAUAGUAGUGUCUUAGGUUUGAAUAACAUAGAUUGUCACACAAACUACUACCGAAGGUAGGAUAAUCGUUUUUUCAUAUUUUAGGGGUAUCUCAAAUUACCAAUUAUAUUUUCUUAUAUCCGUACGAAACUACUACCGGUAGUUGAAUAAGCGUUUCCCAAUAUUUAGGGUGUUCUGGGACACCCCCAAAGACCCAUGUAUCCGCCCCUGCAUACCACCAUCAACCCGUAUGCAUGUGGUUUAAGAAAAACUCACCUACACCAUCCCCGAACAGUGACAUAUAAAGUUCUUGAUAAGGUGAAACCGUUUCUCUCUCUUGUUCUUCUUUUCAAACUUUUUCUAUGACCUCUCCGACGAUCGACGACAACUCUCCGCCGCCCCCUCCUGCUUUUCUUUUAGUGUUUUCAUAUUCCAACUCUUUUUGCUUUUCUCUUGGUUUCUUUAACCACUCUUUGACAUGUUUUCUCUGCUUGUUUGGUUUCCCCUUGUGGGUUGUGUUUCUUCCAGUGGUGGAUCCAGGGGGUGGCCACCCCGGGCCACGGCCCAGCCCUCCUUUGGAUCCGGAGCUAGUAUAGCCCUUAUGAGUUUAUCGAUUUUAGCAAUUCGGCCCAGUGUUAUUUUAUAAUAAGAUUGUGUGUAAUUAAGAAAAUGGGUAAGAUGAACAUAUUCAAAUCACAACUCUAAAUUUAGCCUGAAAAUUCUAGCUCCAAUGAUUCUCAUCUAAAGAAAAACAAACAAUGAAACCUAAAAUUCUAAAACAUAAAAGACUAAAAGAAAUAUGAGGCUUGUUCGCUUAAGAAAUUACUAGAGCACCUGGUGAAAGUAGAAAUUGAUACACAAUAUAUAUUGAUUAUCUAAUUGAUUUUUCUAGUGUUGACAUUGCUCGUUUCAACAACUACUAUGCAGAGAACCUUUUCAAUAAUGAAAUAAGUGAAAAAUUAUUUGCGCAACAAAAUGAGCGAUGAAUUUCUCGCCAAUUGGGUAACUAUUUUAUCUUAAAGAGAGUAUGCUAUUGGUAUGGAUGUAGACUCCAUUAUUGAUGAAUUCACUAUAUUAAAAUUUAAAAGAUCGACAUGAAUAAUUGAUAUUGUAAAAAAAACUUUAAUUUUUUUACGGUAUCUAAUUUUUUUAUGAAAUGCGGCCUAGUGCUCUAUUGGGUCCUGGAUCCGCCGCUGGUUUCUUCCCCUUCGACUGGGUUAAUUUUUGGUCCUCUGUUAUAUUGUUUCAGAACUAGAGAUGCAUGUCCUUUCGAAGAUGUAGGGAGGCUAGAUAUGCUCUAGAUCUGGCUUGUCUUCUCCUCACCUUUUCCAUAGUCUAUCUCCUUGUUCUCACCUUGCAUAUCUUCGUGGUUCGGAGAUGAAGCCUAUGACGACGGACGCGAUUUUGGAGAAGUUGAAGACAGAAGAUCGUAUCCCCUAUGUUUCCUCCAUCGGCGACCGAUUGAGUUUCUUUGGUUUCCCCUGUGUUGUGCUUGGCGGGAGGCAAACGGUUUGUUUGGCUCGGGGCGUUUCGAGAUAUUUCUCCUUCUCCAUACCAUCUGAGUUUGGCAGGAACCGAUCCUUGGCUCGACGAAUGGUGGCGAUGUCAUGGUAGCGUUGCUUGAUUUAGGUGAGCGGCGAUGGCAAUUUCGCCCACGGCGGCAGGGAUCUCAGAGGGGGGCAAUGGCUUGGCUUCUAGUGUUGGAAGAUUAGAGGAUUUGUUUUUGGGUCCUGAGCUUAGGGCUCAAUUGAGUUUCGGGCUUAGUUUGGGUCUGGUUAUCUGCUAAUUUUUCAGCCUUUGUUGUUUAUUGUUUUGUCUUUUCCUUAGGGCCUUAGCCUGUUGCAUUCUUAAUGAGAUCCACUAUAAAAAAAAUUCUUGAUAUAAUCUAAAUGUCAAUGUUAAUUGAAGUUUCUUGUCACUUUGUUUGUAAAAGUAAGAGAAAAUGAGUAAGGUUUUAGGUCUAAGAGAUAAUUAUAAUGUUUGAGGCAUAUGGAUGAACAAAGUGUUUAAGUAAUUAAGUGAAUGUAGGACAUAUUUAUAACUAAUAACACAAUUCAGGUGGGUUUGGUGCGAAUACUAAAACACGAAAAAAUCACACCAAAUUCAUUACCCUCAUUGCCGAGUUCAGAAAACCCCACAAAGAUUCGAUUUUCCCCCAAUAAACCGAUUCAAAUUCGGUUUGAGUACUCACAGUGAUGCGUUGUUUUGUUAUCACUAGAUAAGAGGAAGAGGAGAGACAAGAUUGCAUUAGUCACAUUUAGAAAGAGAGACCAUGAGAAUGACAUUUGAUUUGAACAAAAUUUGUAGAAGCAAUCUAGUUUAGGACUUUGUUACAGUGGCUUGGAAAAAACGAUCGAAUGAUAAGUGUUUGCAGUAGACCGAACACACUAUUCUCUGUUUUGAUACAUUCAACAAGCGGUUGACCUGAUGGCACACAAGUCGACCUGAUGGCUGAAGUGGUCGACCACUUUAAAAAAUGGUCGACCUCACAUCAACUUUUUGUAUGUGUUCCCAUUUGUCUGUAUGCUUAAUCCUUUUGCAUAUUGAUAUAAGAUUCAUUUUGCAUAUAUGUGCGAACUAUGUGAGGUGAGUUUAUUAUAUUUUGGUGUUAAUUAUUAAGCUUUUAAGAAGAUAUGAUUUCUUACUAAUAUGAUUGUCGAUUGAAUUUCAUAAAUUUCUACGGUAGUUUGUUAUAUUUCAGAAAGUACAUGACAUUCUGGGUUCUAUGAGGUCGAUUGGACUAUUACAGAGGUCGACUGGAAUAGACAACAGUUGAAGAUAUUUGUUCUUGUACAAGGUCGACCAUAAAAGCAAUAAUUUUAAUCUACCAAGAGGAUUGGUUGUUAAAUUUGAGGGUGAAACGCUCUUCCGUGUGAUUGACCUCUUCUCUAGAAUGGUUGGCCUCAUCUUGAUGUGGUCAACCAACUUUGAUGGAAAGGUCAACCACUUCUUGAUAUGGUCGACCACUUUGCUUGAAAAAUUGACCUUUUUGUCUAUGAGUCUCUCACGCGUGAUCGACAGGUCCAUUCUUUAGGUCGACCACUUUCUUUCUUUGGAAUGACCACAUUGGUGUAAUCGGUCGACCAUAACUACUUACUGAUCGACCGUUUUGUUCAAAUUAUUGUGACUUGCAAGACACCUAGACAUAUACCCUCUAAUUUAUCAUGCACUUAACGAAGGCCGUACCUAAAUUAUAACAUAAGGGUUUUUCUUAAACGUAGGUAGUAAUGUCAAUUGCCUCGUGAGAUUGGAUCAUUUUGAUGAAACCAACUUGAUUCGACGGAGGUUCAAGAGCACUACAACAAUAUUGCCCCUUUUAGACCAUUUUUCAAGCAACCAUGUUUUUGUGUUAGUAAAAACCUAGUUGUUUGUGAUUAAUUAUAUUUUCGUAACGUAAGGUACGAUGAAUUGGUAACUAACUAGGAAAAAAAUUUACAUGAAAAGUUCUUAUAACAAAAUAGAUAAAGUUUGAAAUUUUAA